UUACAUUUUGGAACAAUAUUAAUUGCCAAGGGAAGGCCUGAACACAAGUUAAUUACCCUUCAACCCAUGCAAUUAAAUCCACAGAUGAUAAAACGCCGAGAAACACGGAUCUCCUCUCCAUUUUCAACCCUCUUUAUGAGUAUAAAUACCCUCACUAGAACAAGUUAAAUUGUCAAGCAUAAUAAUAAUUAUAGAGAGUAAAUAAUAAAAGAGAAAGAAAGAAAUAAAAAGGAUAGUAUAUAACUUAUCCAAAAAAUUUCUUUCUUUCACCUUUUCACUCUCAAAUAUAAUAAAUAAAUAAUAAAUAGAAAAUCUUUCUUUUGUUACAAUUUGUACAUAUUUACCCGAUCGAAUAGGGAUAAAUAAAGCUCGAUCGAUCAAUGGCGGUUGGAGUAGGUAUCGAUUCCGGUGGUGGGAAGCAGUAUGAAGGACGUGUUACGCCUUUCGUCAUCGCCACUUGUCUUGUGGCCGCUACCGGUGGACUCAUUUUCGGUUACGACAUUGGUAUUUCAGGAGGAGUAACAUCGAUGGACGAGUUUCUGAUGAAAUUCUUCCCAUCGGUUUACGCAAAGGAAGAGUUUGUUCAUCUAUUCUUUUCCUUAAUACUAAAUCUCCUAUCAUCUUUAGUCGCCUCCUUCUUCUCCGCUGCCACCACCAGAAAACUCGGCCGGAAAGCCUCCAUGACCGUCGGGGGUCUGGUCUUCCUGGUCGGAGCAAUUCUCAACGGUGCCGCGAUGAACGUGUGGAUGCUCAUCAUCGGCCGCAUACUGCUCGGUGUCGGCAUCGGGUACGCCAACCAGUCGGUCCCCGUGUACCUAUCGGAGAUGGCUCCGGCGAAGAUCAGGGGAGCUCUGAACAUAGGGUUCCAAAUGGCGAUCACGAUCGGCAUCUUCGCGGCCAACCUGGUCAACUACGGGACCGCGCAGAUGAAGGAGAACGGGUGGAGGGUGUCGUUGGGUCUCGCCGCGGUGCCGGCGCUGAUAAUGACCGUCGGAGCUCUGUUCCUCCCCGACACUCCGAACUCGUUGAUCGAGAGAGGGAUGAAGGAGGAGGCGCGUGAGAUGCUGCAGAAGAUACGGGGGACGACGGAGGUGGACGCGGAGUACGACGACCUUGUGGAGGCGAGCGAGGUUUCGAAGCUGGUGGAGAAUCCAUGGAAGACGAUCAUGGAGCCGAGGUACAGGCCGCAGCUUGUGAUCACAGCACUCAUCCCCUUCUUCCAGCAGCUCACCGGUAUCAACGUCAUCAUGUUCUACGCUCCGGUCCUCUUCAAAACCCUAGGGUUUGGCGACGACGCCGCACUCAUGUCCGCCGUGGUGUCCGGCCUCGUCAACGUCUUCGCCACCGUCGUCUCCGUGUUCACCGUCGACAAGUUCGGGCGGCGUGCCCUGUUCCUGGAGGGCGGAAUACAGAUGUUCGUGUGCCAGAUCGCCACCGGAGCAUUGAUCGCUUCCGUUUUCGGAGUGUCCGGAGACGGCGCGUUCAGCAAGGAGAAAGGGAACUUGGCAUUGGCCUUGAUAUGCAUCUACGUGGCGGCGUUCGCGUGGUCGUGGGGACCGCUAGGGUGGUUGGUGCCGAGUGAGAUCCACCCGUUGGAAACGAGAUCGGCAGGACAGUCGAUGAACGUGUCGGUGAACAUGUUCUUCACGUUCGUCAUCGGACAGCUGUUCCUAUCGAUGCUUUGCCAUUUGAAGUUCGGGUUGUUCUUCUUCUUCGGGGGAUGGGUUUUCGUGAUGACGGUGUUCGUGUACUUUUUCAUCCCGGAAACGAAGAAUGUGCCGAUCGAAGAGAUGAACAGAGUAUGGAAGAGCCAUUGGUUCUGGGGUAAAUAUAUUCCUGAUGAUGCACCCGGUCUUGCCAAUGCCCACCAUAACAACAAUGCUUGAUUCUUAUAUAUAUUAUUAAUGUAACCUUUGAAGAAGAAUGAAUUAUAAUGUGU